GAAAUUUGCUUCGUUAAAGAAAUCAAAUAUUCCAAAAUCGCGUUGGGCUGAUCCCCCAAACCCUAGAGAGACCAUAAAAUUUUCCCAAUCUUCUUCGGAAAGUCGAGUUUUUCUUUCGAUUUAUUCAAGUUUUCUGCUCGAAUUUGUUGUUCUUGCUCUCCAAUCAUGCUUCUUUCUCCGGGUCAUUCUCCUCGACACGUCUCGUCCCCUUCGCCUUCGACGGUUUCUGAGAAUGCAAUCCAAAAUCCGCAGAGUUCGUCUCCGAUUACGCCUCAGAGCUCUAGGAAACAUCCCAGGGUUCUUGAUGAGGAUGCAUAUGUGGAAGCGAUAGAGAAGAUCAUCGAGCGUGAUUACUUCCCCGACAUCUCGAAGCUCCGGGAUCGUCUCGAUUGGCUGGAGGCGAUUAAAAGUGGAGACCCGAUUCAAAUUCGAGAUGCGCAGUUGAAGAUCAUGGAGCGCCGUGGCCAGAAGGUCAGACGUUCGAACCCUGAUGGUAAGUCCCAAACACCUGGUUCCACCUUUAUGAGAAAUUUUACCCCUUUCGAUGAAUUUGAGGGUAAAACCCCGAAAACCCCCGGCUUUGGUAGAACUGGAGUUGCCGGCGAAGCGGGGGAGGGUGAUCUUGAGGGUAAGGUGGUGGAUGAAUCGUUGUCGCUGGAUGAGUUUUUUAGGCAGUAUACAAGCGAGGAUAGUUUUAGUUUUUCGAAAAUCCUGGACAAAGAUAACCGGAAGAGGAAGGAGAGGUACGCGUAUUUGACUGAGGGCGAAAAGGAGGAUGUGAAGUCAAUUGAGGAUGCGAAGAGAGAUAGAAUAACUGAUGGUUACGGGACUUCCAAUCAGCCGCCGAGUACCUUGGAAGGAUGGAAGUAUACUGCAAAGAAUUUAUUGAUGUAUCAUCCAUCUGACCGAGGCGAGGCUCCGCUGACUGAGGACGAAGUGGCAGUUAGAAUGAAGGGCCUUACCAAAGAAAUUAGCCUCACAAGUACUCGGUUCCAUGGUAAACUGAUGGAUUCAAGGCCAAAGGACGAUGGUACAGUUGAAGUGCUUUAUACCCCAGUAGCUGGAGCAACUCCACACCCCGUGCUGGAUAGAGAUGGGGAUAAAUCGAAGAAAUAUGAUUUGGAGAAUUUUAGGAAGACCCCAAAUCCAUUUUAUGUUGAAUCAGGUAAAAAGGCUGAGAAUGGCUACAGUUUUGUGCGAACUCCGUCACCUGCACCUGGUGUUGAUGAAUCUCCCUUUAUUACAUGGGGAGAAAUUGAAGGAACACCCCUGAGACUAGAUCCUGAGGAGACGCCCAUUGACAUUGGUGGUUCUGUUGACGGACCACGUUAUAGCAUUCCAUGUCCUCCUGUAAGAGAUGAGAAGGCUCAUUCACUUUCAAGGGAGGCAGCACGAAAACUGAGAGAGAAGUCGAAGAUGUUUCAGAAGCCACCCUUGCCAUCAUCUGUUAGAGGAGGUAGUGCUAGCCCAAGUGUACGGAGGACCCUCUCUCCAGCCGCCCAGAAAUUCGUAAGGAAUGCAAUUGCCAAGUCGUCGUCCUCAUUUGAUGAGACCCUUCGUGCCAGUUACAGAGGUGGAAGCCCGAGUUUGGCGACUCCUAAAAGCGGGAGGAGUUUGUCUAGAUUUGCUAGAGAUGGGAGUUUUGGCUCUAGGUCACCUUCUGUUAAAGAAGGUUCUAAUCCUGCUUGGUGAUGUAAUUUUUCCAUUCAAUAUAAAUGCUUCAUGUAUACUAACAAUUCUGUCUUUAAAUCCUUUCCUUAUAUAAUUUUUAUUUUGUAAGUUCUACAACCUAAUGUAAAGAGGCGGGUGAAUAUGUUGGAUAUUAGAAAACUAAUGAACCACCGAUUUGAUA